UAAUACAGUCAGACAAGAGCACACACACACACACACACACACACACACACACACAGCUUCAGGGCAAAGAAGAAGCAAGAUGGCCUUCAAAGUUGCAGUUCUCCUGUCUGUGUUUAUGGUCACAUACCAUUUGGCUCCCUUGGUCUUUACUUCAGAGAUCCAGAAGCCCUAUCCUAUUUCAUUACUUAUAUACAACUCACUCGCCAUCCAGCGGAAUUUGACCUUUAACACUGAGAUUGCAUACAGAGGGAUCUUACUUGGUGCUAUGAGGAAGAUCCAAAGUGCAAAUAAUGAUUUUAAAUUCACCAUUGAAGAGGAUCCAAACUAUGGUCCAUUCCUUGUAAGUGUGAACGGAGUGGCAGGGAACAAUGCUGAACAUACAUACUGGGAGCUUCUUGUCAAACUGCAGAAUGGAACCAUAAUAAGGCCUGAUGUGGGUGUUGGAUGUUAUAUACCAAACCCACAUGAUACAGUUAUCCUCAAAUUCAGCAAAUGGUAAUCCAAAGAAGCUCUAAUGGUGCUGUAAUCAGGCUGGGGUCUUUCAUCCCUAUCAACCUCAAAGCACAAUACAUUGUGGUAAAUGCCAUGAAAAAUUGUAUGAUUCCUCUUUAAUAAAAUAAAAAAUCACUUGCUGUAUGUAAGCCAUUAAAAAAAUCUUCCUGUAUAUCUUCUGCAAUAUUAAAAGCAAACUUUACUGCACAAGGUCAUUAGGAAACUCUUUACCUGAUGUUAUCCAAAUUCUAUUGUACAAGCCCUUUUGAUUUUUUUGCAAAAUUCUUUUUGCCAAAUUCAGCUAAAAACAUUUCUUAUUGAGGGUCUUUAAGAUUAUGACACUUUUCUGCACUGACUAUAAGCUUAACCUGUUUUAUGAAUGCCUGCAGUUUUUUGAAAGACAACUUGGUAAUCACUUCAGUGUAACCCACACCCAUGUCCAGUGUGAAACCACACGCCUUAAGAAAACAAGGAAAUAGUCCUUCCUUGAAACUCCAGCUAAUGUGGGACCUAAACAUUUAAAGUUAAAAAGCCAAUAUAAUAAUGGUUGUAUAAACAAUAUUCAAUAUUCAUUAAUUAUUUUAUAAGCAAUCUUGUACAUCAUUGAUAAGGGGAAAUAAUAGCAGCUAAUGGUAAGCUAAUGGAAAGUUAAUUAAACUGUUUAUUAACAAGACAGUCAUAUUUGAUACUUGUCUUCACAUAUCCAUUGUAGACUGAAUACUUAGAGUAUCACCCUUUUCAAGUGAUUCUGAGGUGUAGACCUUGCACUUUCUGCCAUAUGCUUUGGAAAGCUUUUUUAACUUCUAACUGUCAUUAUUAACCAAACUGUAAUUGCAGUCCAUCAGAACACACUGACACUACAAAUGGACAGACAGCCACUGUUUAAAAAUGCACUGUAAUACAUAUGGACAUAAAUUUAAAUGUGAUUUAAGCAUUAUGGAAUCCUCAUUUAACCAUUUUGGAUAGGUACAGUAAAUGGGUUUAGAGCAUCAUAUUUUAGCUGCUAUGCUGUUAACAACAAUAACUGUAGUAAAAUGAUUAUGAAUAGUAAGGAGUGUUUAUGACCUGUUAAGGUUUAAUGGUUCUGAAUGUAAAGUCCUAACUUUUAAAACUUUGUUUUACCAAGUGCUUAUACAGUAGAUGUAUUGCUGUUUGUAUUUUGUAUUCUGCUUUAAUUGUUGCUUAGAGAUGUACAGUAGUAAUGCAGUAAUCCAGAGGUGCUUGAAAAAACCUUAAAAUUAAAACAAAACUAUAAUGUCUUGUUGUGGACACAUUUUAAAAUAAUUCAAGGUCUUCUGUGUAGAGUGCAAGGUUCUAAUAAAGUACCUCUUUACUGAGGUACAUAGGUAUCGGCAGGCCCGGAUAGGCCAUCGGGAGUUUUAGAAGAAAUCCCUGUGAUCUGGCCCAUUUUGUGCCUUAUUUGCCCCACUCAUUUGUUUGUUUUUUUUGUUUUUUCUUUGCCUGUGAUGCAGCCAAGUGGCUGGCAAAU